AUGGUCUUCUCCGCCCUUCCAUCAUGUGAGGACAUGGAGACCUGGGCAGUAGGCCAGCCUCUGCUCCACUGUGUAAAUGCCGGUAUGUCGGAGGAGAUGCAACAGGACUCUGUGGAAUGUGCUACUCAGGAGUUGGAGAAACAGAACAGAGAAGGAGGGGCGUGUGACAAGAAGUACAACCCCACCUGGCACUGCAUCGUGGGGAGGAAUUUUGGUAGUUACGUGACACAUGAAACCAAACACUUCAUCUACUUCUACCUGGGCCAAGCAGCCAUUCAUCUGGUCAAAUCUAGUUAAAAGCAGGGACU